CGGAGUAACGGGUUUGGUUGGGUUUAGGCCCAUCCCGAGCUCUUUCCGUCCGCCUGUCGACAAAUGGCGGGGGCGGCGUGGCGAUAGACGGCGCAGCCCGCGCUUUGGACGCGGAGGCGGGCACGCCUCCCGCGUGGGCGGUGCCUCCGCCCCGGGCGCAGGCAGGCCUCGCGGUCUCGGGGUUGCGUCACCGGUGCCGCCGGUGUCCGGUUGUCGGUUUGUGCGCCUAAGGACUGCUCUAUUUUUCUUUUUUUGAGUUCCAGUCCAAGCAGUGAGCGUCUGCAGGUGGAUAAACCCUUAGUCUAUGAUUACGCGGCGCCGCAGUUUAGCUUAGCGGUUUUUGCGGUACUUUCUACCAUGUGCGUUUCCACUUCGUACGCCGCUCGUUAAUUUUUCGUGGAUUACUGAGUUCAUUUAGCAUUGAUAUUUUUUCAUCGUUUCUUCUUCUUUUGGCACCCGAGGCUUGCCGGCUGCUAUGACCGACUGAUGAAUGCAGGUUGUUGCUAGUAUGAUAUGGUAUAUACAUAUACAAUCAGAGAACGGGCCUGGAGAUUGCAUUGCACCAUAAGGGGGGCCAGCUCCAAAAUAUUACUGUAGCAGGAACCAGGAAUUGCUGAAAUGUACGAAAUAGAAUUGAAUCUUCUCAGAGCUAGUUUAAGUAUAUAAUGUCAUCGCGAGACUUUUACCAAAAUGGAACUGGGAAUCACAGAUUGGUUGUGGUCUUCUGGGCGUAAAUCUCCCUAGAACUAGUAAAGACAUCGCCCUCAAGGACUGGCAUUUACUUUUUCCCUCUCCUGGUUUCAUAGAGAAAUGAAACAGGGCGGUUUUGGAGGGAGCAAAAAAAAAGUAGAUUUCAAUGCCAUUUUGGACUGCCCAUAGAUAUGGUAUGACAUAUAUUCGUUUCCCAGGGGUCUACUGUAUUAUUAUUAUACUAAUGGCACCGAAAUGGCCGCGGCUUCAUUUAAUGCGAUGUUGUUGUCUUUUGUCCCCCAUUUUCUGCAUGUCAUUUUGUCAACAGAUUCCCACGGACAUUGCUAAAACCAUGUGCUGUGGCAAUUACUGCCAUCAUAGUUUGGUACUUAGUGGUUCCUGUAAUUGCAUUAGCAUGUCAAAUUUGAUGCUACAAAUCGCAAACAAAGAGGAAUAAAUAGAACGGUAGAGGUUUGCAUGUUAAUAUUUUACCAGUUUCCCACUAGUUUUUUUUCUUGAAAACGAAUACUCCAUAGCUCAGAGAGUAUGGCACCCUGAAAGCAACAUGGUUGCAAGCUUUUGCAUAGAAAAAUAGUUUUGACUUUGGAUGCUGAUGUAUUGCUUGAGUUACCAUAUCUCUUGGCUUUACUAACUUCUUUGUGCAGUUGUGCAUCAGUCCAAAUACAGGUCAACUUACCAUUGAAACAAGCGAUUCCACACAUUUUAAAGCCCUGUCUUUUUCUUCAUUUAUAUAUUAUAUAAAGAGUGCUUACCUCUGACCCACUACGAAGGUCUCACACCAGAACCAGAUUAUACAUCCUUAACAAAUACUCAAAGUUUGUCGUCAAAAUACCUUGAUGACAGAAUGAUGGAAAGGCUUUCAGCGCUGGUUCUUGAUGGUGACCCAGCGUCCUUGUCGACCAUCUCUGAGACGCUUGCAAAGUUCAACUUCAGAGUUGUUUCCUUCCAAACAGCAGAAGCGGCCCUGGAUUUCAUUAAAUGUGGGGCUGCUAAAGCAGCGGACCUUGAUUUGGUGUUGGUGGAGGUUAAUCUUAACAAUAUGGCACCAGGCACUUCAGCAAACCCUGAUCUGUUCCAUCACAUACUGAAUGAACUUCAAGUCCCUCUUACCGCAAUGUGUUCUCGUGACGAUGAAGAGGCACUUUCCAAAUGUAUGAACCUGGGUGCAUGCUUCCAUCUGCUGAAGCCACUGAACAGAAGAAGCUUCAGCAUUCUGUGGCACCAAGCACUGGAACACAAGUCUAAAAAGGCAGCACCUCAAAGACCAAGUCUUAAUGAUAGUACCAAAAAUAGAAUGGUUUCACCAUCUACUGAAAAACCCAAGGAAGUCCUUAUUCUAGAGAGAAACAAUUUAUCUGUUCCUCAAAGCAAUGGAUAUGAAGAGCCAAAGAAGCAGAAUCGGGUCACAUGGACCAUUGAACUCCAUGAAAAGUUCUUGGAGGCUGUCGAAGCUCUUGGGGGGAACAAGUCUGCUAGACCUGAGAAGAUCCUGCACCUGAUGAAUGUAAAGGGUUUGACUGUGAAGCAUAUAGGCAGCCAUCUCCAGAAACAUCGAUUGCGCAACCAGAAUACAAAACAAGGACAGCGCCAAGAGAAUGCCAGCAGAAAACCUAUAUCAAGGCAAGGUGAAGCCACUUCUGAAUCCAUCACACCCAGAGUUGAGACAGACGGGGAAGUGUACCCCUCAAGGCUGUGGACAAAGGUGAAGAAAAGGUCAGUAGACACAUCGGCUCUGAAGACUGGCAUGCACACAUGCACAUCUGGAAACGACAAUGAGGGCACAGAGUCUGUGUGGGAUAGGUAUGAAAAUAACCUGCAAGUGUUCGCUGAGAACAAGAAACGUUGGAUGUUCACGAGCGAACAUCAGUGGCCUCGGAGAAACAAUAUUGAUACCACAGACGAAGGGGAUCCAAAUGAAGCCCCCGAAACUGCUGCUGGUGCAUCCAUAGAAAUCUUUGGUUCAAGCAGCUUAAUAAGUGAUCAAGUGGGAGAGAAAAAUCGUGUUGAAUCUGACAGAGACAAUAACACCGUGUGGAGCACUGAUUUACUAGAAGGUUAUGGUGCAUCCAUAGAAAGCUCUGGUUCAAGCAGCCUGUUAGCAAAUGAUCAAGUGGGAGAGAACAAUCAUUCUGAAGCUGCCAGAGCCAAUGACAGCAUGGGGAACAUUACUUUGCUUGAAGAAAUAGCUUACGGUGGUGCAUACAUAGGAACCUCUGGUUCAGGCAGCCUGUUAACAGGCGAUCUAGUCAGGCAGAACGGUUGUGCUGAAGCUACCAGACACAAUGACAAUUUGUGGGGCGUUAAUCUACCUCAAGGUUAUGGCGCAUUCACAGAAAUCUCUGGUUCGAGCAACAUGUUAACGAGUUAUCAAGUGGGAGAGAACAAUGGCACUGAAUUUGCCAGAGACAAUGGCCACAUGGAGAACAUUAGUUUGCUCGAAGUUUAUGGUGCAUCCAUAGAAAACGCUGGUUCAAGCAGCAUGUUAACAAGUGAUCAAGUCGGACAAAGCAAUCUUACCGAAGCUGACAGAAUCUAUGACACCAUGGGGAGCAUUAAUUACCUUGAAGGUACCGUGGACCCGGAGUACAUUGCACCAAUGGAUUAUUCUGUUGCUUGGGCGCACCUAGAGGGCAAUGGUCCGGACCUGAGAAGCCCUUCUGAUGGCCGGGAGGAAGCAUAUUCAUUUUGGAUGAGUCAGCUGGCAGGACCACAAGACUAUCAAAGCCUUGGCCCGGAGGGUUUCCUUCAAGUAGGUGACGACGCAUAUAACGAUGCUCUGAGAUCGGUUGGUCUGGUUAACGUGGAUGAACAAGCGACUCAAGGAUGGCAAGAGCAGCAAAGCCUCAGCAUGGAAGAUCUCCUGCAGGUAGAUGACGUUGCAUGGGAUGACACUCUGAUAUCUAUGGGGCUUAUCAACUUGUUAGAUGAACCAAUGGCUGAAGAGGCCGCCAUUGGAGGAUCACAAGGUCAGCAAAGCCUCGCCCCGGAGGUCCUCCAAGCAGGUGACAAUGCGUACGGUGAUGAUCUUGGGUCGAUUGAGAUGGUCAACUUGUUAAACGAACCAAUGACUCAAGAAGCCGCUAUUGCCGAUGCUCUGGUGGACGAUCCUAUGACCCUGAUUGCCCAAGACGAUGUGCCGUGGGCUUGGAGUCCUGCAGUGCCGGGUGACUAUGGCAUUGAUUGGAUCCAGGAUCCUAACGCAGAACUGUAUGGGUAAAAGAUCGAUGACCGAGCCGUGGUUGCGUACAAGAAUCGGACCGGGUGGAAGAGAGGUGUGAGACAGCCUUGAGUCCAGUCAAAAAUAAUUGACUUGCUUACUUUAUUCUAAAACUGUUUUUGGAUGGAUUUAUUCUCUUUUAUCGACAAUCACUCCCCAUUUUACUUCUAAUGAAAGCAAUGUAAGGGCUAGUUUGGUAACCCUAUUUUCUCAAGGGAUUUUCAUUUUCCUAAGAGAAAUUAGUUCAUUUUUCCAUAGGAAAAUAGAAAUCUCUUAAAAAAAUGGGGUUCUCAAACUAGAAAAAUCAUGGUAUUUUGUUUAUAAGGGGAGUUUGGUUUCUAGGGACUA